AUGAUUCUACGGCUUCUUUUGCAUUGCUUGCAGUUCCGGAAUUUAUGGUCACACUUCAUACCAACCUCCGGUCUUGAAGUGUUCUGUUCUGUUACUAAAAUCAUGUCUUCACGGAGACGAGUGCAAAAGAUCAGUUAUUCGGAAGAUCUGGAUGACGAUGAUGAUUACUAUGGACGCUCCUAUGAAGAAGAAGUUCCCAUGUCACCUAGCGUUACUGGAUACAUGUAUCAACGUCAGCGGAUGGCUCCCGAAUUCAAACUUGGGUCAAAGUUAAGUGAUUUUAUACCGGAAGAGCGUCCAGCGCCAGGCAAAGACGAUUAUGGCGAUGACGAUAUGUUUGAUAUGGAAGAAGACAACACAAAUAAUGCACAGCCUGACAAACACUCAGCUCCAUCGACUUCCGCUGCAUUGGAUAUGGGCCCACCACCCGGUUUAGGAUUUGAUGAGCCGCCCCUGCCAUCCAAACCCAUUGUGGUGUCUUUGGGGCCCAUUGCAGGGUAUGAAGAUGAAAAGCCACCGGUUCCGAGUGUUGCAAAUCUUCGCAUCUCUGACCGUAACGAUAGUGACUCAAAAUCACCAACAAGAAAGAAAACGGGUCUGAACGCAUCUCUGGGAACAUUGCCUGCAAAUUCAAGCAGUCACAGGCUAAAUCAGUUGGCAGCGAUCACCUCAGCGCCAUCUACACCAAGGAGAACAAGGCGUCGAGAUGAGGGCAAGGAACUUAUUAAUCUGGUUGUUGUCGGUCACGUAGAUGCAGGAAAGAGUACGCUCAUGGGGCAUCUACUUUACCAGCUGGGCUGCGUUGAUCAGCGCACGAUUCACAAAUACAAGCAGGAGUCUGCACGUUCGGGAAAGGCCUCAUUCGCUUUUGCUUGGGUUUUGGAUGAGACAGAAGAGGAACGUUCCCGUGGAGUCACGAUGGAUAUUGCAAAGACAACAUUUGAAACCAAAACGAAACGUGUUUUACUGCUGGAUGCCCCCGGACACAAGGAUUUUAUUCCGAAUAUGAUUACCGGUGCGUCGCAAGCUGAUGCUGCAAUACUUGUUGUGAAUUCAACCCGAGGAGAAUUUGAAACUGGAUUUGAAAAUGGCGGGCAGACUAGGGAACAUGCAAUGUUGCUGCGCUCCUUGGGAGUCACGCAGCUGCUUGUAGCCGUUAACAAACUAGAUACUGUCGAUUGGUCAGAAGAACGUUUCAGCGAAGUCGAAGCAGCGAUAAAAUCCUUUCUGACAAAGCAGGCAGGUUUCAGCCAGCUUCGCUUUGUACCUGUUUCUGGUCUCAAUGGGGAAAAUCUCGCGAAAAGAGUGCCAGAAAACCAUCCUCUCCGAAAAUGGUACAAUGGCGAAUGUUUGUUAGAAUUCAUAGACAAGUUCUCUGCACCAACUCGUGCUAGCGAGGGACCCUUACGGAUUGUAAUCAAUGAUGUUUUCAAGGCGACUCAAACGCAGUUAUGCUUGAGCGGGAAAAUUGAAUCAGGAGAAGUAGAAAUGGGCGAUAAGGUUUUCAUAAUGCCAAACGCCGACGCCGCUACUGUGAAAGCCUGUUCUAAUGACGAUGGAGGAGCUGUGGAUAGCUGUAUCGCAGGUGAUCACGCUCUUUUGACUUUGAAUGGAGCAUUUGAGCCGGAUACCAUACAAGCUGGUCACGUCAUCGUUCGCGCAGGCCCAGACGCCCUAAUGCCUUGCUGCAGAUUUCUUGCCAGAAUUGUGGUAUUUGACAUAGUUGUUCCCAUAAUGAAAGGAACAAGAGCAGAAUUGUAUUGUCACUCCUUAUGUGAACCGUGUACAAUUGUGAAACUUGUCUCGUCGAUCAAUAAGGCAGAUGGUCAUGUUAUCAAGGAAAGACCAAGGUGCUUGUCGAAGCAGAUGAGCGGACUGGUUGAGAUUGAGACCGAACGGGAAGUUGCUGUCGAAGCAUAUACAAACUGCAAAGCCCUUGGACGAAUUACACUCCGAGCAGGAGGUCAAACAAUAGCUGCAGGCAUCAUUGAGAAAAAAUUGAGUUGAACUUUCAUUCUUUAUUAGUAGUCGUUAUGCAAUGGAAGUCUUCUUGUUCUGCUUUCCUUUUUAUCAUCCCAGAUCAUUAUUUUACGCUUGCCAUCCACUUUCCCUUUCUUUGUUUUCACAGGUUCUAUACUAAUUGAGUGCGGCCUUAUGCUAUCACAUUCUUGUUGUGUUAUAGCUCUUUUGAAGCCUAAAGCUGUUUUUUCGUCAUGAUGCUACUUGUUGCUUGGAGUGCAUGGGUAUAGCUCGUAUCAUUAUUGUUACAUUAUCACAUCAGUUUGAAACAUGCAACUUGUUGUGCAUUUCUAAGCAUCA